AAUAGCAAGUAAAUAAACAAGAAAAUAACUACUUCAACCAGUGAAUUCAUAUCCCAAUUAUCGGCUUUCGUUUACAUGGAGCCCACGAUGAGGAUGGGAAUGUAAGAUCACGUCUCCAGUGGAAAUAGCGAGUCUCAUCAAGGAAGUCAAGUCCAUUUAACGAUGUUUUUAGCCGAACAAGAAAAGGCCGACAGAGAGGCAAUUGCACGGGAAUUGGUCCGAAUACGUGGCCGAAAAAUCGAAAAUGACAAAGAAGUUGAAGGAGGCAAACGUAAGAUAACGCAAAGGACGGAGCAAGUGGGGAAAUCAAUUCGUAAAGAAAAAUCCUUAUCAACACCCAAUUCCUCGACAAUUAUUGAAACUAUUCCAAAUUCCUCCUCUAUGUCCCAAACUGAAUCCUCUUCAUCCAAUUCAAUUCAGUCGACCAAUCGAAACAGGGAAAGAGCUAAGAGUAAUAUUCAUAAUCAAUUAGCUCAUUUUAUGAUCGAAUCUAAACAUCUCAGGUCUCUUUUCAACCAAUAUGGUGCUCCUCAUUUAGGGAAGCUGAAAAUUGAGAAUACAAUCUUUCAGUGUACGCAACUCAAAGCAAGGAAGUUUUCUAAGGUAACCAUUUCAGCCACAAGUCCAGAAACCCUAAAAAAAUCAAUCUUUCUACUGAAAAAUAGUUUACCACCAAGUACAACGUGGAGAAUAUUAGAUAAAGAACAUUGUUCUAUUUGUUUUAGACCAAAUCACCAGACAAUCGAUUGCGAUUGCUUGUUUGGCUUUGCAGCAGAUAGACCACAAGUUAGCAAAUUGCUUGUGGUUAAAUCCCCAGCAAUCGGAGAGCCCAACCGUAGGUUCCGUCAGCUCAUUCAAUUAUAAAAAGAACCGAAGACAAGCCAGGGUAAAACCAAGUAGAAUCCAAUUAGAUAAACCUUUCUGGAAAACACCAGGAUUAGUUCCAUCCCAAUCGAUUGUCGAGCAAAUGAGAGCCAUUGGCUCACCUCCCAAGCCAACAUUGGCCGUGGACACUGAAGGAGUUUCUGCGGACAAUCACGCUCUCUCCGUCUGUGUGACCGGCUGGUUCAGUAGUGAGGGUCUGGGGGCAAAAACCAUUUAUUUCGAUUACAUUAAGACCGAAGCAAUAAAAAUCCUAUCAACACCCAUAACUGGAAUCCAUACCAACGAAAUUCUAUUUCAUUCCCAACCCUUAGAAACAGUAAGGGAUAAUAUA